UGCCAUGAAAGCACCACGAGAAAAGGUGGGGAUGUGUGUGGUUUGUGUAACUGAGUCAUCAGUUUGCUGAGUCUGAGGAGGAGAAGGUAUCUUUUUGCUCCAACAUGAGUGAAGAUAGCAGUGCUCUGCUCAGCAGGCUGCAGCAGUUGCAGUGUCACUUCACCUGGGAUCUGAAGAAGGACGUGGACCCGAAAAUACUGAUCACCCGACUAAAGACUGACAUAGAUUUUCAUCGGAGUCAGUGUGAGGGAGGGAGUUGCUUCUACAGCCUCUUGGCUUAUUGCAGAUAUCUUCAGGAUCAACGAGAGGAAGCGCUGACACUUUUAAACCAAUCAGAGGAGACUAUCAGGGAGAGUUACGGUGAUGAGAGUGAGAGGAGGCUGAUUGUGACGUAUGGAGACAUGGCCUGGCUGAAAUACCAUGAUGGAGACUUUGCACAGUCACAAAGCUACUGUCAGAGAGUCGAGGACAUACUGGUGAAGUAUCCCACUGGUUCAUCAGCAAGUCUCCUUCCAGAGGUGUACGGAGAACAAGGCUGGGCCUAUUUUAAGGUGUCAUGGUCUUCUCUCUCCAAAGCCAUCGAGUGUUUUCGUAAAGCACUUGAGGUACAAACUCGUGACACCGAGUGGAACGCCGGCUACGCCAUCGCCCUCUUUUGUAGAGAACAGUGGUUUUUUGAAAAUUUACAGGAAGGGGAGGAAUCCCAGGCCACCGAACAGCUUCGCCUUGCGUUGCAGAUCAACCCAAAUAACGCUGCUCUGCAGUGUAUGCUUGCCGUGAAGCUGGUGGCCUAUAAGAAAUAUCAAGAGGCUGAUCGUCUGGUGGAGAUGGCUCUAGAAAAUGAUCCUGACAACCCUCAUGUCAUCCGCCACUCAGGAAAUUACUUUCGUAAUAGGAAUCGACUGGAUGAGGCUAUUGAUAUGUUUAAGCGAGGCCUGAGAAGGGAUGAUGAAUCAGAUUUCUUUCACCACCAGCUGGCUCUGUGCUACAAGCAGAAGAAAAUUGCUGAGCAAUUCCGCAGGCCCUUCAGCAACAGAGAAGAGGUGCGUAAGUGGAGGCGUAUUUGUAUCAGUCACCUUGAAGAUGCUGUAAAGAUAAAACCGUCCUUUUUCCUGGCGUGGGCUGAUCUGGCACUGCUGUAUGCAGAGGCAGGGGAUAUGAGCAGGGCUGAGGAGAUUUUCCAGCACUGCUUGGAGAACUUACCAGAGUUGGAGGAAAUGCUUUGUCAGAUUAUCCAUCAGCACUGCGGUGACUUUCAUCUUUAUCACAAAAGCAAUGAGGCUCAAGCCAUCGCUCACUAUACCAAGGGGCUGCUGAUACCACUGAAAAAAUAUAAUUGGAAACUGUGUGUUAAGAAACUGAAGCAGAUCGCUGAGAGACGUCUGGCAAAGAAUCAGGGUGAUGGUGAAGCUCUCGCUCUGCUGGGUCAGGUGGCCAGAGCUGAGGGCGACAGCAAGAAAGCUGCUGAGUUUUAUGAAGAAGCUCUGAACUAUGACAAAGACAAUGCAGAGUACCUGUCUGCUCUGUGCGAGCUGCGCCUGGAGCUGCAGGGAACAUCUGAUUAAGUCCAGAGUGCCUCACUUCACUUGUGCUG